UUUUAUUUAUUUCUUUUUUUAAAUAAGAAUAAAUAAACAAAACAAACCACUGAGCUAUUUAGGGUUUAUUUUAGGUCAAAGGAGAAAAGUAAUAAUGAAUGUUCUCGCGGGGCUGUGAGGAGAUUGUUUCCUUGGAUUUGUGGCGUUAGCAUCAUCAGGACCAUCCUCAGGAGCAUCUUCAGGAGCAUCAUCAGGACCAUCUUCAGAAGCAUCAUCAGGACCAUCAUCAGGAGCAUCAUCAGGACCAUCAUCAGGAGCAUCUGCAGGACCAUCCUCAGUAGCAUUAUGGACGUCCUGGCCAACUACAGCAUCUUCCAGGAGCUCCAGCUCGUGCACGACACGGGCUAUUUCUCAGCUCUGCCGUCUCUUGAGGAAAACUGGCAGCAGACGUGUCUAGAGCUCGAGCGCUACCUUCAGACGGAACCCAAGCGACUAUCAGAGCUUUUCGAAAAUGAACUGGACCGUUUGCUCUGUCCAGACUUCAUCGAAGGACACGUAGAGGACGAGUCACUAAACCCGUCACUCAUCAGCCUCACAUCAUCCCCGCUGCACCUGGAUGGGGAGCCUCUGACCUCGCCAUCCACCCCGGACCAUUCCGACAUCAGCACAGGCGUCGACGUGGCCCAGCUGAGCGCACUCACUUCCCUGACUCCACCCUCUUCCCCAGAACUGGAGCGCCACUCUCUCAAGACCCCCCACACCCUCUGUACCACGGCCGACGGGACUCUAACGCUGAAACUGGCCGUGGCGCGGCCGCUUUCGCCCGGACCCAGCGACAGCGAACAGGCAAUCGUCACCACGGGGGGAAAAGACUCGUCCGACAACAAGAAGAGAGUGCACCGCUGCCAGUUUGACGGCUGCAGAAAGGUGUACACCAAGAGCUCUCACCUCAAGGCACACCAGAGGACACACACAGGUGAGAAGCCCUACAAGUGCUCAUGGGAAGGCUGCGAGUGGCGUUUUGCACGGAGCGAUGAACUGACGAGACACUACCGCAAACACACGGGUGCCAAACCCUUCAAGUGCGCACACUGUGACAGGUGCUUCUCGCGGUCGGAUCACCUGGCGCUCCACAUGAAAAGGCACGUUUAAGUCAGAGGACGACGUCUCCGAGAGGAAACCGGACACGCGUUCAGAGAGAAGCGAAUCUGAACACUUUUUUUAAACACCCUGACUACAGCCAUGUGCUUUCUCCUGAACUGUACGCCGCACCGUGGGGAAUGUAUUUUAAUUUUCCUUUCGUAACUAGCGCAUAAAACAACCGGAGGAACGUCGACGGACAGGAUCACACUGCUUUUUUCUACAUCCGUAGUCUUUUUUUGAGCAAGACUUCAGCUGUUUUAGGCGCAAUUACAGAAACAUUUGCACAAGCGCAGUCGAGGAUCAAAACGGAAAAGAUUUUAAUACUCGAUCUGGGGAUGAAAACCUCAGAUUUGUUAUUGUUAAUGU